AUGGUUUUACAGAGAACAGUUCGCGGUCGCCAUGUUCACACACUUUUCAAGCUCCAAAGCCCUUCGUUGUAUUUCACAAAUCCUCGUAUACUAACCUCAAUUUCUACAAAUCGCAUCUAUUUUUCAUUCCUUUCUUCUAUUUUUCAAAGAAACUUCUCUCUUUUAGCUCAUUAUGAGCACAAAGAGUCUGGAAAUUGUGAGGAAAAGAGUCAGAAAGCGAAGGAACGAUUGAGCGUUUACUUCAAACAAGCUGUUGGGCUUUCAGGAGAUAUUAGAAAUAGCGAGAGUGAAAUUGAAACUGACACUCAUAAUGCGGAGUUGAAGAAGAAACUGAAGAAGUUGGAGGAAGAACUGAGGGGUUUGAACGAGGAAAAACCGAGAGAGAUUUUGAAGACAAAGAUUCCAUCAUUAGACGGGGUUUCGAAAAAUCAGGUUAAAUCGCGUUUAUAUACAUUGUUUACGAAUAAUGGGUUGAAAAAAAAUGAAAAGUCGGGUGAGAUAUAUGCUUAUGGAAUUGAAGAUCCAAGAGUUUACAAAAAGCUUUCCCCUGAUUUGGAAUCGUUCGUGUAUCAUCUGUACAAGGAUGGGUACUUCAAGAAUUCAAAUUUCUUGCGGAAGAAUAAGUACGAUCCCACUUGUUUCGAGAACGGUUAUGCUCGUGAAUUUAUAAAGCACGCAGCCGUGACUUUUGGAAAAGAUAACCAGGAGAUUGCAAAAUGGUUGUCUGCUAGUGAUCUUAAAAAGGUGGCUCUUUUUGGAUGCCCUUCCCUUGGAAAGAAGACUGUCUUUUCUUCUAAAAGAUUGCGCGGAUUCUUCAAUAUACAGGAGCAUACAGUUUGCCAGAAAUGCCCCCUUAAAAUGUCAUGCAAGCUUGCAAAUAAAAUUGGCUUGAAAGAUGAUACCAAGAUUUUAUAUUUGGCUGAUGUGAUGAAAGUCAUCAUUAUGUAUGCUAUGGAGUCAGUACCUCCAGAGUUGACAGUGUCUGAUGAAAUUAAGAACUCUGUUAAUCGGUUAUUGAAGGAGGUCAUCCGUCUCGGUUGUAAUGUAUCAUAA